AUGUACGGCCUGUAUUUGGAAGCAGUGAACGAUUACAUCAACGAGUCCUACGGAGAGGAUGUGUGGAGGCUGAUCGAGAACCGGGCGGAGAUACCCCACCUCAAGUUCGUCAGACAUCAAAUGUACAAUGACAACCUGAUCCUGCGGUUGGCGAAGGCAGCCGGCGAGGUUCUGGGAAAGACCCACGACGAGCUCAUGUACGCCUUCGGGGUCUACAUGGUCAAGAGGAUCGGAAACUAUGGAUACGAGCGGAUCCUGAAGGUGUUGGGCCGAAACGUGCGCGACUUCAUCAACGAGCUGGACAACCUGCACGAGUACUUCCGCUUUUCCUUCCCCAAGGUGCAGCCGCCGAGCUUCUGCGUGGAGGAGGAGUGCGAGACGAGCCUGACUCUGCACUACCGCAGCACCCGCAAGGGCUUCACCCAGUUCGUCAAAGGGCAGCUCUCUCAAGUGGGACGGCAAUUCUACAACACGGACAUCGAAGUGGAGAUCCUGUCUAAAGAGGAAACCGAGAAGAUGACGUAUGUGGUUUACAAGAUGAACUUUGACAACGCCGCCUUCAAGCACCGCAUGCCCCAGCAGAAGACGGCGCCGAGCUACGAGAAGCUGCCCAUGAAGCGGGGCAUCUUCUUCGACAUGUUCCCCUUCAGCGUCAUCUUCCGCCGCGACAUGACCAUGUACCGCAUCGGCGACGGCCUCAAGGAGGUCUUCUCCGACCUCCAGGGCAAGAAGGUCAACGAAGAGUUCACGCUGGUCAGGCCCAUGCUGGAGUUCAGCUGGGACAACAUCUACACCCAUCUGAACAACGUGUUUGAGCUUCUGUCCAAAGCGGUGGUGGAGAGCAAGCAGAAGGUCAACAUCCCCAAACUGAGCAAGGAGGAGCCAGAGGAGAAGGAGGAGAGCGAGAAGCCGAAGAGGGAAGAAGAAACGGAGCAAAAAGCAGCGGAGGAGAUGAAGGGCACGGACCAGGAGUACAGCAGCUCCCUCACUCAGUACAACAGCGCUGCCAACUCCGGAGGCGAGGACAUCGAACUGCUGGCGUUCCAGACUGUCACCGGAAAGUGCAGCGAGACCAUCUUUGAGGACAUGCGGGAGCCUCCGAAGAAGCCUUUACACCUGAAGGGCCAGAUGAAGUAUGUCCCUCAGUGGGACUCCCUCAUCUUCCUGGGGACGCCCAUCAUAGAGACGGUGGAGGACAUGAUAAAGAUGGGCGUGUACGUGAACGAUCUGAAUCUGCACGACUCCAGCAGGGAGCUGAUCUUGGCCGGGACGCAGCAGUCAGCUGAGCUGCAGCUGGCCCUCGAUCAGGAGCAACAAAAAUAUGCUCAGCUGCAGGAAAUUAUCAAGAAGCUGGAUGAAGAAAAGAAGAGGGGAGAUUCUUUGCUGUACGCCAUGAUCCCUAAAGCCGUGGCCGACCGCCUUAGGAAGGGAAUCACGGCUCUGGAGACCUGCCAGGUGUUCCCAGAUGUGACCAUCCUGUUCAGCGACGUGGUCAAGUUUAACGAGAUCUGCAUCCACAUCACACCCAUGCAGGUGGUGGACAUGCUGAACGAGAUCUACAUCGUGUUCGACACGCUGAGCGAGAAGCACAACGUCUACAAAGUGGAGACGAUCCGUGACGCCUACAUGGUGGUGGCGGGCGUGCCCAACAAGACCACCUUUCACGCGCACCACAUCUGCGACAUGGCCCUGGACAUGCUGAGCUCCAUCGACCACCUUAAAGACCCCUCAACCGGGGAUAAUAUCCAGAUCAGAGUCGGUAUCCACUCUGGCAUGGUGGUGGCCGGCGUGGUGGGUCUGAAGAUGCCUCGCUACUGCCUGUUCGGCGACACCGGCAUGCAGAUACACAUCAGUCAGACCACCAAAGACCACCUGGAGCACGAGCCCUACAUCAUCGAGGAGAGGGGCAAAAUCUUCGUAAAGGGUAAAGGCUACAUGAAGACCUACUGGCUGAAAGGAAAGAAGGAUCUAUCGUUCAAGACCCCGGCGGAGCUGCGCUACAGCAGCGAACAGAAAGACUCUGAGGACAAGAGCUCUAACGGGUGAGUAGAGAAAAGAAGAGCAGUCGGCACCAAAGAAUCC